GGACGACGGCGACGGCAUCUUUGCCACUUCGGCAAUUCGCUUUGAAUGUGGUGGGCAUACAGCAUACGGCUCAAAGGCAUGAACAUGCUUUGGUGCACGAGGCUGGCGCUGGUGGCAAGAACCCGCUCAUGGCUCACACAAUUGCUCAAUGCUUUAUAAUGUCUGAAGCAGCUGGUCCGAACUUGGAGCUAGGCUCCAGAGAAUGGGCAUCAAUGCUCGGGCUUCAAUCAGCCCUAAGCAAGUCUGAUAGCCGUUGCAGGUGGAGACCGUACUGCGCAGAUUGCACUUCGAAUCUCCUUUUUGCAACCAAUUGUGCUACAAGCGAAGACCAGACAUCGUUCUGCUCUUACAGGUUCUAUAGAGAAGUCCGCUGGUAAACAUCUCAUCACACAACUGCAGCAUGACUUCUCCCCAGUCCGAUGAGGUGGUGGCCGCCAUCGCAGCUCUGUACGGCCCCGGCGAGCCGACACUGAAAGCCGCUGCCAAUGAUCUCUUGACCCGAUUUGCGGCUUCCCCUAAUGUUUGGCCCGUCGGCCUUUCUCUUCUGGACCAUACCUCGGUGGAAGUGCGCUACUUCGCUGCCAACAUGCUCCUCUCCAAAGUCCGCUCAGAGUGGCACCGGACCCCACCGGAGCUGCGGGCUUCGCUGGCGCAGGAGACCGGCCGGUGCCUGUUCACACUGGCCGGUCACCCUGGGGCGCCCUGGGUGGUGGUCAACCGGUUGUGCCUCCUGACCGCUGCAAUGGCGUGCAGAACCGCAGAGAACAGUGCUAGCCAAUCCUCUCUCACAACCACUGCUUUACUGGAUUCUGCAUUCCAGACUGCGGCAGGGGCUACGGAGGGCAACCCCGGCGCAUCUAUGCAGCUUUCGGUUGCGCUGGGGCUGUUGCAGUCGCUCACAGAGGAAGUGGACCAGCUUGGGAGAGAGCGCCAGGUGGCGGCGCAGGAGCGCAUGUCGCUACGAACGCAGGACGUGCUCCGAUUGGUCGAUGCAGUGCUGUCUGGACACCUGGGGGGUGGAGGGGACGAUCGCUUGCCGGUCGUGGCGCUGCGCCUGCUGCACAGCUGGCUGAGGGACGAUGCUACGAGCAGGGGGGUGACUGCGGGCUACCUGGCUCAGUCCCACAGCAGUCUUUUCCAGAGGGUGCUAACUAGUCUGUCUUCAAAGGACGGCACAGAUCUUGAGGCGGCCAUCGAAGUAGUGGUGCAGUUAGUGUCUCUCGACGAAGCGAAUGUGAAGGAUCUAGGCGCGGAGGAGAACGCGGUCCGAAUGGUGCUGGCAGCGGUGGCUGCGCAGAGGGGGCCGCUGCAGCAGGCCUUGGCGGAGGAUCCAGAUAGUCGCUUUGCCGGGGGGCUAUGCGAGGUGGCGUGUACGGCAGCGGAGCACUGGUGGGAGCUGGUAGCACAGGCAUCCAAGCAGUGUCCAGAGGCAGUCCCCGUUGCUGAGGUAAUGCUGACAUGCGUGACCGACGGCGGCCAGGGCGUGGCUGAGCUAGCCCUGGACUACUUCUCCAUGUUGAGCUCGGUGCCGCUGGCUGAGCGGCCGCCCGCCCUCCAGGCGCCACUCUAUGUGCAACUCCUGCAAGGCCUUCUGAAGCAGUCUGCAUACCCACCCGACUUCACCACGUGGCAAAGGAGCAGUAUGGACGCCGACAGCUUCCUGCGGUUUCGGGAGCUGUAUGCCGCAGAGACCUUGGACACAUGUUACGCCGUGCUCGGCCCUGCAUACCUCUCCGCUCUAGAUCAGCAUCUCAAGGCUGCCCGCUCCUGGCAAGCUCUAGAGGUCGCCCUUUUUGCCCUGCGGAGCAUCGCCCCGACCAUCAAAAUCCGCUGCCUUCCUGUCAACGGCACGCCCCCUUCCCCAGGCCAAGAGGCGGUCGAGGCCUUCUUCACUCCGUUCUUCGCCCAGCUCGAGAGGGACGACUUCCUGUCUCACCCCCUCGUGGGAUCGAGCGCCGCUUCUCUAGUUGGCGCGUUUGGCGCGUGGAUCUGCCAGCACCCCCAGUCGUUAAAUCCCGCCGCGAGCUACGUCCUGAGGGGCCUCCGGACCAGCCUCGAAGGAAAGAUGCCCGCAGUCUGGCAGGCUUCCGCGCGCGCCUUCCGCAGCCUUUGUAUCAAAUGUUAUCCCCACAUGGCGCAGCCCGGCCCCGUCGAGCAGCUGAUCCAAGCGGUAGAGGCCAGCCUCCCACCCCUCCCAGAAAAUACCUCCCCCUCUGCCGUUAGCGCCGACGAUCGGACUACUGUCAACGAAGGACUCGCCACUCUAGUUGCCGCCCUCCCCUCCAGUGACGCCUCCAGACUGGGGGUGCGACUAGUGACGCCAUGCGUGACGUCAAUGGGUCGGUUGGCGGGCGCCAGAGAUCCCCCUGCCACUGCUCUAGUUACAUGCCUGGGCUUACUUUCAAGCUCGAUCCGGCACCUUGAAUUCGGACGUCCGGAGGAUGAGGUGAAACCGUGCGCUGCGCUCGUGCAGUUUUCGUGGCCCACUCUAGAUACUCUUCUGACGACGCCCCACGUUCAGGCGAACGGUGAUGUUCUCGUAGCAUUGGGUGACGUGUAUACACGUGCGAUCCAGAGCCUGGGGCCCGAAGUGCUUCCGAUCGCACACAUGACAUCACACCUCGUCAGCAUCUUCGAGCGGUACCAGCACCCCGACUGCGUGCCACCCCUAGUUACGGCCGUGCAAUCAAGCUCCGAGAGUGCACUGCAGUCCCAGGUCGACUUUCAUCGGGGCGUGUUUGGCGCUGUCUCGGGCGCCUCUUUUGGGUGCUUGCAUCGGGGUGAGCUUGCGAAACGGCCAGAAGUCUUGGGGGCUUUGUUUUCGCUGGCGUCAGCAUACGUGGCACAGUGUCCAGCUGUAGUUGCGUCGGGGCCGCUGCUGCCGAGCCUUAUUGAGGCAGCUGCCGCAGUGGUGCGGUUCCAAGACAAGGACUCGAGCAAGAGCGCACUCGCUUUUCUGACGGCCUUGCUAGAGCUCCCGGCAAAGCGGUCGGAAACGAGAACAAUGAUCGAGGGGGCCCUGCUCGCUGGGGCGGGGCAGCAACUGACUGCAGUGCUUCUAGUUGCGGCGGCUGAUAAGUUACCACGGCAGCUACUUAGACUAUUAGGGGGAGUGCUUUACUUGUUGACGCAGUAUUCUCCCGCAGCGGUGGGGGUUUGGAUUGCGUCGACAUUCGCUGAUGGAGCGUUCUUAGCGGUAGUGAACGGGGCGUUAGAGGAGAGCAGUCAGCGGCUAGCGGGGGAGGUGCUGCAAAGACAACCGCCGCUGCCGAAGCGGCGCUUUGAGGCGUUUGUAACGGACUUUGCGUCUGUUUGCAGACGAGAAGGGACGAAUGACACACUGCUCGCAUAUCAGAUUGAUUAACGCGCACAUACUACCAGGCUCGCAUUUUUCUAUAGGGCUUGCAUUCUUGCACUGACAGCUUCCCGGAUCCUACCUGUACGCCUGCAAGCCUUAAUGAGUGAGCUAGUCGAGCGGGCAAUCAUGCAAGGUUGCAAUUUGAACUGAUG